AUGCGACAGUGCGGUGUGCAGCUGGGAAAUGCGUUCUGGGAGCUCUGCUGUAUGGAGCAUGGCAUUCGACCUGAUGGACGCAUGUGCGAUGAAUACGUGGACGAGCCGAGCCAAACUAAUGCUGUGGAGUCCUUUUUUCAAGUGACACCAAAGAACAACUAUGUGCCUCGAGCAAUUCUUCUAGACAGUGAGCCCAGUGUGAUAGGCAAGUUGAAUGAGGCUAGUUAUGCUAACUGUAUCAAUUAUACGAGAUAA